AUGGCUGGUGGCUCGCGAACAUUCCACCACAAGUCCAGAAAUGGCUGUAGCCGCUGCAAGAAGCGGCGUGUCAGGUGUAAUCUGCAAGCCCCGAGUUGCGCCAACUGUACGAGGCGUGGCGAGCUUUGUGACUAUCGAUUUCUCGGCAGAGACAGCCCGCAGAUGCCAUCGUCUAGUCAUGCUGCAUAUAUGAAAAGAAGAAGACACCACUCGGGUGGCUCCUCAUCCCCGGAGGCGCCACUAGGGCCCGUGCUAUCCUCCAUGCCUCCCGCUUCCCACCAUCAGUCAGGCGUCAAUGCUGAGCCUAUAAGAGGCGCAUCUCAACCUACCAUUGAUGACCUGGCCCUGUGUCUACUUCGAGACGACGAGAGUCAUCUAAUAUCCAAUGAGCUCGUCGACCAAGCAGACGCGAGUGAAUUCCUUGAGCACAACAUGGCUGUCAUCUCAGCACUUCACGACAAGUCCACCGAUCCGCUACUCCAGCCAAAUGGCAACAAUACCAAAUCAGAUCUAGUUGCGUAUCAGCAUCAAAUUGCAGCGUCUAGCAAGUUCCGCAAGUCAGUAGGCGCCAUCAGCGACCGUAACUGGUUCACCGUCCUCAUCUUUGCCAUCUCGGUCCUCAUCUUCCACUUCGACAUCCACAGAAGAGCAAAGCGCGGGCUUGCAGACGAUGAAUUCCUAGAACCCCUCAUGGCUCUACGUGGAGCCGCGCUUCUGGGUAUGGAGUUGGGGCCGUGGCUCUUGAAGAGCAAAUUGCUCGCCGCUGCGAGACGGCGCCUUGCGGCUGAAAACCCGCCCUGGGAUGACCUUGCCGAACAGGCUAUUUCAAACCUCGAGCUACUAAACGAGACGGCGUCACCACUUCGAAGCCGCGCUAUCUGCAAAGAUGCCCUGAACAAGCUACAGUUCUGGCUUCGACUUACGCAAUCUAAGCCGCGCACAUGGCUCCACUUCGUGUGGUGGCCGGGGGCCGUCGAUCAAGAAUAUCUGGAUCUGCUGGGGGCAAGAGAUCCAAUGGCGCUGGUGAUUCUGGUGCACUGGUGUGCAGUGAUGAAGUCUUCGCCGAGAAAGUGGUUCAUGGAGGGAUGGGCCGAGAAUGUUGCCCGACCGGCGAUUGCGCAGAUUGGACCUGAAUGGAACGAUACUUUGGAGUGGCCAUUAUCGAGGAUAAAACCGGGUGGUAGUAGAUGA